UCACAGGUGUUGACAACUCCAUACAUCUUGAAAACUGUCAAUCCAACAUGGGAGUCCUCGGUAGAAUUCUUUGUUCAGGAUUUCACCAAGACACCUUUAUCAUUUUAUGUGUAUGAUUGGGAUGGGUCCAAUAUCAUUGACGAUGACUUUCUAGGAUCAACACAUUUUGCUUUCAAAGAGGACCAACACACAGUAAUCAAAGAGAACCUAGUGUUAGGGCACCAGGAUCCUUCUAAGGGCAUUGUACAAAGCACAGAGUAUGGGUAUCUGACAGUCUCCAUUGUAUUUAGACCAGUAUCAUCUGUCAGAAAAUCAGAAAAGUUCCGAGUUGCCAGUACCAGUGGGACAGACUAUCUGUACCAGGAGGACCGUGUAUCCCCUUCAUCAGUGAUAAGCCAAUCAAAGUCAGCAACUCGCCAAUCUGUGAGUGAACUCACUAGUGAGAAUGACCAGGGUGGUGGACCUGACAGUGAUACAGUUCUUAACUCAGCAUCCAUGGCGGGCGGCAUGAUUGAGGAUAAGACGUUUGUAGAUUUAACAAUCUUGCAAGCCAAAGAUCUAAUGCCUGCUGACCGUAAUGGCCUGAGUGAUCCUUACUGUACAGUUUUGAUGGGGAGUAAGAAAGUGUUCAAAACUUCAGUGAAGAAAAACACACUUUUCCCAAAAUGGAAUGAGAGUACUUCCUUCCAAGUAUUGGAAGACAACCACUUAUUGGAGAUUUUUGUUUAUGACAAGGACAUGAUUUCCAAAGAUUUUCUUGGUAAAGUCAUAUUAACACUAGACAAACUGAAAGAAAUUUCUCAUAAGGGUACAGCUGAAUGGAUUCCUUUACAGAGAACAAAAUCUGGACAAAUUCAGAUUAAAUGCACAGUGACAUGUACAAGCUCUCUGGAACCAGUCAAGAAGUCCCGUUCUUUGAGGCGGAGCAAACAUCAGAACUCUGGGAAGAAUAACAAUGACGUCUUCUUACCAGUUGUGGACACAGUGCAUGAAUCUGAUAAAGGGGAGUUAUCUUCAGGGCAGGAUUCCACGAGCCCUCUACCCCCAGACAGUGUGAAUGGAAGCUCCCCCAAAUCCUCAGAGGGACAGAUCUCCCCAACAAGGGAGGAAAUAUCAUUCAGUCCCAGUAACCAACAGAUUAUUCCAGAAAAAGUGCAGCCCGUGACCUCGACCCCAUCAGCUAGCCAGCUUACCGUGAACCCUGAACUCAGGUUACGGAGGUCAGCCUCAGAUGUCAACGUGAGCAAGAAGCCAGACAAACAGACAACAGGCUACUCAGGGAUGCCGACAGCCUUAACUCUUAAACAUACAGACUCGAGCAACUCCAUCUCAGCAUUGAAUCAUGAUGAUACUAUCUCUAUAGAUUCCUCUGUAGCCGGUCAUGAGAAGCUUUACAAUGUGUCCGGGAAGAUUCUGGAGGUCAGUGCACUGAGGCAGAGCUCUGGGAAUAUUUACAUCAAGGUCCGCCUGGAACACUCAGGAAGCCGAUUGAGAUUUAUUCACCAUGGGCGGGUUAUCGCCAAGUCCUAUCUGUUUCCUGUAAGUGCCUCAGCUCUCAAUCAGCCAUUUGAGGUUGACCGUGGUGCUGGCGUCAGUGGGAACACACAUCUUAUCUUUGACAUCAAGAGUGAAAACAAAGACCACUUGGCCCAGAAGUCCUUUAGCUUAAAGGAGUUGUUCUCAGAUUAUGUAGAAGGAGGGGUGGAAAAAUGGCUGCAGCUUUCAGACAAGGCAGAAAUAAAAGUGUUUUUGACUCAGGGAAAGCCAAAUCCCCGUCUUGUGAAGAGACACAGUGGGAUUGGGAAAUCCUUGUCCUUCAGAAAAUGAAAAUAGAAAAAAAAUUAUUCUGGAUGGACAAUGUGUGUGUUCUAAUUAUUAUUAGAUUUUGUUUACAUUCUUGUUUUUUUUUGACAUAUAAUUUAGAUAUUGGACACAAAGGUGUUAUAAAUGUGCAAUUUUAUGAAACCAUUUUCUUUACAUUUCCUGCAAGUAUUGUAUUCCUUUAUAGUUGUAAAAUUAUAGUAUAAACAUAUAGUACAUGUAAUUGGUGUUUGCUAUCACAAUUCUAAGUACUCCUUCCUUUCUGCCAGAAAAAUGGUUCUUUUUGUUAUUUGUUUUAUACCUCAUUAUAGGCAUUUUUGGAAUCAAGUGUAUGUUUUAGUGCUGUAUGAUGUACUGUAAAUAUAUAACAUUUAGCAGUGUAUUUUAUUCAGCAACUUAAUUUCCACCAAACAUCAUACACUCCAUAAAUACAUGUAAUACAUUUACAGUAUAGCUACAAAUAUAUGUUUAUAUACAUGAACAAUUAUAAAUGUACUGUUCAUAGAAUAGGAAAGAAGAAUGUUACAAUGUAUAUCUCCUUUGUUUAGUCAGUUGUGCAUUUUUGUGAUUACUUUUGUAAUAAGUAUAUUUCGAUUUUAUACAGAGAUCUGUGAUUAAUAAUGUAGAUUUUGUUAGCUACAACAUGUAUCACAUCAAAUGUAUCAGUGUUGAGAGCAGAUGCAUUUUCUAAAACAGCCGGGUGCCAUUUUGAUUAAUUUAUACAAAUAGUAUAUUGUUUGUUAAAUUUACACCAUGUUUCAAAGAAAACUGUGCUAUCCCUUAACUGUGAUAAACAAAAAUAAGAUAGUAAUGAAAUUAACAAUAUUUCAAUUUCCUUUAUUUCAUUUAGAUAUUUAUUCAGUAAGCUGGAAGCUUCUUGUUAUGUACAUUAUACAAUUUUCCUAAUACACACAGUACAGUGUACAUCAGUUAAAUAACACAAGUUAUUUCAACAGUAGCAAGGUAAUACAAAUUUAUACGUCAUUUUACAUAUUUUUAGUUACUUACUAGACUUUAGAUCAGUGUAAAUAGGAACAAUCUUUGGAUUACAAAAAACAUUGUACAUGUACACUAUAUCUUGUGUAUUAUACUCAGCUGUCCUUCCAUAAUGCAGUUUUGACCAUGUAUAAUAUUUAUUUGCAAUUUGGAGCUCACCUGAGCCUUCGGCUCAAGUGAGCUUUUAUGAUCAAAAUUUGUCCGUUGUAUUUUGUCAUUGUCUCCAAUAUUGUAAAUUUUUCUCCAUCUCAUCUUCUUCUCCAGAACCACAGGACAAAUAUCAAACAAACUUGGUUGAGUAUCAUUAGGUAAAGAGGAUUAAAGUUUCUUCAAAUGAAGGGCUAGGUCUUCCUUCAAGGGGAGAUAAUUACAAAAUCGUGAAAAAUUAAUGUUAUUUUUUAAAAAUCUAUAGAACCAAUGGGCCUGGAUAGAUAAAACUUCAGUGGAAUCAUUUUCAACAGCAGCAAAAUCAUGAUUGGUCAUAUAAAUUUAUGUGAUAGCAUAUGACAGGUUGUGAAUAUUCAUGUUUGUACCAAUCAUGACCCCUAGGUUAGGGUGGGGCCACAAUGAAGUUCGAAUUUGUAGGUAAGUGGAAACUAUUGUGGAAGCAAUCUGGGGUAGUGUAGAUUCUGAGUUGUUCGAAUCAUGACCCAUGGGGGUAGGGCGGGCCACAAUACAUAUAGCAAGGGGGGAAAUCUUGUGAAGAACAGCAGGGCCAACUUUACUUAGGUGAGCAUUGUGGCCAAUGGGUUUCUUGCUUCCGGAUUGGUCUGCACAUUACCAACUUUUUAUUUUAUCAAUACCGGUAAUAUGAUGAAAUUUGGAAUGUGUCCAUCUCAAAACGGGUGCCAAUGGGCCUGAGAACCAUAUUAAAUUUAUCUUUUGUACCCUAUUAAAAGUCACUGAACUGAGAAAGUAAAAUGCAGUUCAAAACUGUCAAAUAUAAUUCUAAAUGCUUUUAAAAAUAUGCAUUAAACUUGUAAGAAAUAAA